AUGUCUUCUUCAGCACGGCGCCGCGAGACAAUUGCAGAAUGUCUCUCCGAUCUUCAAUCAGACUCCGUUGACUCCCAGCUGAAAUCCCUCCAAACCUUAGCUUCAAUCACCAAGGUUAGUCCCCAGAACAGGAACUUAAUCGCACAAACAGACGGUGCCAUUUCCACCCUUCUCACCCUCUCGAAAUCCCCAGCUCCCUUGAUCCAACCUCUCUCAUUAUCCAUCCUCUUCAACCUCUCCCUGAAUCCCGAUUUAAAGCCGCUUAUGACAGAGAUGGAAACGAUUCACCACCUCAAUUCCUUAAUCCUCCACACAACUACCUCUCCAGAAUCCACCAGGCUAGCUUGCUCCCUCAUCUGCAGCUUGGCGAUCCUGGACAAGAACAAAGCCAAGUUCGGAGUAGCAGGCACAAUCCAGGUACUGGUCAAGUCCAUUUCAGGCCCUCGAACUCCAACAACCCACCAUCUCCUCAGUUGCUUGGCCGAGCUCGUCCAGUUUCACGGCAACUGCACGUUGGCCGUGCGCUCUGGUGCUGUGAAUCUCCUGGUGGGAAUCGUUGAGAGCAGUGCUGACUACGGUGAAGAUCUUGCAGGGACGUCGCUGGGCAUCCUGAGCCUGCUUGCUAGGUUCGAAGAAGGGCUGACUGCGUUGAUUGGGAGUGAUGAAGUGGUGAGAUUUCUCGUGGAUGUGUUGCAAGGAAGGUGCAUGUUGAGCAAGGAAGGUGCGGUGGAGAUCCUCGUGCGGGUUUUCGACGAGGAUGAGGAGCAUCUUAGGGAUGCUUCUGAGCUGCCGGAGAUGGUGAGCCUGCUGGCUGAUUUGUCGGUGAGGGGAUCGUCCAAGGCCAGGGAGAAAGCUGGUCUGUUGAUGAAGAAGAUGAUGGAGGCUAACUUUGCCCCACUCUUGUGA